CCUGUGGUUGAUCGCUAAGCGUAUAUAUUUAUGUUUUCCUUCUUUGUAGUAUAUCCCUAUAAAUUGCCAAGUGUCCUUCUAAAAUCUUUCAUUUGAAAAAUGAAGCCGUUUGGAGUGUGUUUUCUGUUCACAAGCUAUUUGACUGUUAUAAUCGUAACAGAAUCCGUCCAAGAAAAAAAUGUUCAACAAUACAGCGACACGUUUCUGAAAGAUUUACCACGUGAGUUUUAUUCGAUUAUUUACUACUGUCGUCCUCCUCUUAUCACUGAUGACGGCGUCGUUGAACGAACCUGCAAAAUUACAUUCUCUGCAGACAUACCUCAGUCUGCAAAAGCUAGAGCAAGAGCAGCCUCCAAUAUUAUCGCGAAAAGAGGAAAUCAAUUUAAAAAUUUCAUGUUGGGUAAGGACACUUCCAAAGAUGUGGGCAGUAGAGUUCAAAAAGGAUCAUAUAUACCAGUAAAAUCAAGCGGGAAAAGAGACGAUUCGACUUCGACUGCUUAUGGUAUUUACACGGGACCCAGUGAAAUGGACAUUUUUCAAAAAUGGCUGUCGUCGUUUUAUUUACAAUAGGUUUUGGAAUUUCAAAAAUUGGAUCUUCGUAUGACAUUCAUCAUCAACGUCAUUGAUUAUAGAUGGGCUUCUGUGUAGAAAGUUUUCUAGUCUUCUGUAGUUUCUGAAGCCUAGAACUAAUAGUAAAAUAUGUAUUAAUUAAUUUAUAUUUGAAUUUAAAUAAAAAUAGUAAAAGAAA